AUGAGCAACAUAGCCACCAAGCGCAUAAAGCGAGAGUUCCUCGAAUUGCAGAGUGAAGACGGCAAACUCUUUCACAUUGAAACGGUGAACAGCAACGUCCUCGAUCUCAGAGGGUACAUCAUCGGCCCGGUGGAUACGCCAUUCGCUGGCGGCGUCUUCAACGUUGAAGUCAAAAUUCCUGAGACGUAUCCCUUCAACCCGCCUAAAGUUCGGUUCACCACCAGAAUAUGGCAUCCCAACAUCUCUUCUGUCACUGGGGCAAUUUGUUUAGACAUUCUAAAGGAGAAUUGGGCUGCAGCACUGACCUUGCGUACCGUUUUGCUCAGCAUUCAGGCGCUACUCGCCUCUCCCGAACCAGACGAUCCCCAGGACGCCGUCGUCGCUCGACAGUUCAAAGAUCACCCUGAUGUGUAUCGCCAAACGGCCAGCUACUGGACGGCAUACUUUGCAACGCCCGAUGCAACCAAGGCGGACAAAAAGCGCUCUUAUGAAGCUUACGAAAGCAGCAUCGGCAAACUGAUGGAGGUGAUGCAAAUCGACAAGCCAACUGCCAUCUCUGCCCUCUCUACCGCCAACUGGAACAUCGAUGCUGCAGUGCAGAACUUGCACUAA